UCCUGGGAAACAGGUAAAACAGGUGUUGCCGUCCAAUCAGAGGCCUUUCUGCCAAACGAGGAGGGGCUCCCUGCUGAGCAGGCACAACAGCCCGCUCCGUCCUUUGUACUGGAUGUGUGUGUGGAUCUGAGAGCUCCACUCAGCGCUAUGUUGGGACACGGCUGCUGUGGCUGCAUGUCUGCCGCCUUCUGCCCAUUCUGCUUGUGUGCCUUCCUGUUGUGGGCUGGGACUCUGAGCGUAGAGCAUGCACAAGGUUUGCAGGUGAUGUCCACAGGACCACAGACCGUUGUCGAGGCCGAGGGCGACAGCGUGACCGUGGGCUGCAUCUACACGUUGAGCCCCACGGACACCGGAGAACUGGACAUCGAAUGGUCUGCGGUCAGUCCAGACACAACGAAGAAGGAUCAGAUGCUCCUGUCCUUUUCUGGCGGCACCACAUACCUCCAUGGCGACCAGGCUCAGGCCAAAGGGCUCAGCUUCGCUGCUCAGGACCCCUCCAUGGGCGACGCCUCGCUCUCCAUCGCUCGGCUGUCGUCUGCUCACGCCGCGACCUACCAGUGCAAAGUGAAGAAGUCCCCUGGAGUGGACACGCGCAAAGUGUCACUGGUGGUAAUGGUGAAGCCGUCGGUGCCUAAGUGCUGGGUGGAGGGAGGGGAGCUGGUGGGAGAGGCCGUGUCUCUGCACUGCAACGCUGCAACGGGUUCCACUCCCUUAACGUACAGGUGGAGGAGAGGGGGGGCAGAACCCGUCCCCGCGGCGGCCGUGCAGAACAGUGUAACCGGGGAGCUGAAAAUCAGCAUCCACUCGCAGGCUUUUGCAGGAAUCUACAUGUGUGAAGUGAACAAUGCUGUUGGAGCCGAGCGCUGCAGAAUCAACCUGAAAGCUAACAAACGGCCACAGGCUGCGCGUCCUACAGCACCUCCUGUCUCCUGCUGCUGCUGCUGCUGGUUCCCUCCCUCCUCCUCCAUCACUGCUGGGAUGCAGCUCCUCCUGCAGCCGCUCACCUGUGAUGGACUCGCAUCACGCUGCCGUUCAGCAGACACGUCUGCGCCCGCGGCCGCUACCGGCUACGUGCAUCAGCGCGUGGGGCGUGUUCUGAUGAGCAGCGUGAUGAAACGGUCAAAAUCCAGUUGGACAAACAAUACUGCGCAGAGCAUCCUUCUCACACAUGAUUCUGGCUCCGCUGUCUCAGCUCCAAACAGGGCGGCCAUGAUGGUCGGCACCUCCGUGGGCUCCCUGCUCUUCUUCUUCAUCAUGUUGCUCUUCCUCGCGCUUUGUUACUGGAAGCUGAGCAGCCGACGCCGCUAUGAGAAGGAGUUCUCCAACGACAUCAGAGAGGACGUCCCGCCCCCUGAGAGCCGCCCCGUCAGCCGCCACGAGGCCGCCAGUCAGCGCCCGCCGGCGUCGUACCGUCCGGUGGACGGGUCCGACCUGAGCUCCUUCAGCGACGUCUACACCCCUCCGCCCCCCCGCAGCCGCCUCACCCCUCCGCCCCCCCGCAGCCGCCUCACCCCAGAGUACGACAGCAGGCGCGGAUACGUGGUCUGAACCCAGGCUUCCUGUGGAAGUAGAAGCUUUGAAGCCAGCGUGGACACGUGAGGAGUCUGGUCGGAGUUUAAUUAGCUGGAUUCCAAGUUGGGCGACGAUGCUCUGAUAACAUUGUGAAUUGUUAAUUACUUUAAGAUAAUCCUAGUGACAUAAUGAGAGGAGAUAAGACUUCCCACAAGCAGGUGAAAGAAAGAAAAGCUGAUCUUCAAAUUUACAAAACGGAAAAAUAACGUCAAAGUCGCUGAACUGGGCCCUCUUGAAUUUAAACAUAUAAAAAGAUUCAGUCUCAGAUCUGAGGCCAAAAGAGAAACAUUUAUUCCAUGAUAGACCUCAUGUGGAAAUACCAUAAAAAGUGGACACAAUGAAGCACUGAUAGGAGAUGAAACAUCCACAUGCAAUGGGUUUGUGUCCACUACAUAAACAGCGACCCGACUCCACCCUCAGCCUGGAGGCCCUGACCCCCCCCCCCCCCCUUGGUCCUUGGUUAGUCUGAUCAAAGUUUUGGAUUAUUAAGUACUGAAUGUUUUUAACUAUUAUUUGUUUUAAUUUUUUUCAUUUAAAGACAAAAAAUCAGUGCAAGUCAAUCAAACAUGAGCCUAAGAUGGAACCAGAGGUCAUAGAAUGAGUAAAGAAAGCAGCCUGUGAUACAAAUCACCUUAUCUGAGGAGCUGUUCAUUGAGUAAUGGCUGGACGUGAAUGACGACAUGCGGCAGCAGCCGCUUUUAGAGUCAGCACAUCAUGGACCACUCCUGUUUUAUGCUUUAAUCACCACAUCAUUCUCAUUCACAUUUAAAUUCUUCUGAAUCUGCAUGGCACCAACCUGUCUCACUCAUGUUCUGUAAACCGAUUAACAGUGAGGGGAAGGACACGAGUCACCUGAUUAUCUGUAAAAAAACGAUGAUACUAAGGCAAUGCACAAGUACAGUCAGACUCCAAGCAGACGCGAAAUGAUGAGAAACAACCUUGGUCCAGUUUUAACAGAAAAACCUUCUGUGCAAUUAAAAAAAUCCAACAGUGAAACGAUGAA